AUGAGGCAAGGAGAUCCUAUCUUUCCGUUUCUGUUUGUGAUCGUGAUGGAAGCGUUAUAUAGUAUGCUCGACAGGGCUUGCGAGGUUAAGAUUAUGGAAGGGGUUCGGCUGCCCAAGGAUGGCCCUUUAGUGUCGCAUCUUUUCUAUGCUGAUGAUGCGCCGAUUAUCGAGGAGUGGUGUAAGGAGAAUGUGGUCAACGUGGUCAGAAUUUUGAGAUGUUUUCAUGUGUGCUCGGGCUUAAAAAUCAACCUAGGCAAGUCUAAUAUCUACGGUAUAGGGGUCGACAGUAUUGAGGUUGAAGAUAUGUCGGUAGUGGUGGGGUGCAAAUCGGAUACGCUUCCUUUCGAGUAUUUAGGUUUGACGGUAGGAGCCAACAUGAAUUGGAUCGUUAACUGGAGACCGGUUUACGAUAUUUUCGAGAAACGCCUCUCUCUCUAG